CCCGGCUCUCGGCUCUCCCACCCGGAAACUGUCCUGGCCGCCUACUCUGUUGUCCUCUCCUCCUGGGAGACUGGCGACAAUUGCGGCCAGCGGGUUGUUUAGUUGUCCUGUGAGCCACAGCUUCGGGUCAUGGAGGGGGACGGCCCCGCCGCCACGGCCCCGCAGUACCAGCCGGCCUGUCCUACGCGGGACGCAUGUGUCUACAACAGCUGCUAUUGUGAGGAAAACAUUUGGAAGCUCUGUGAAUACAUCAAAACACACAACCAGUAUCUGUUGGAGGAGUGCCAUGCAGUCUUCAUAUCAAAUGAGAAGAAGAUGGUACCUAUUUGGAAACAGCAGGCAAGACCUGAGAAUGGACCUGUGAUCUGGGACUACCAUGUGGUUCUGCUUCAUGUGUCAAGGGAAGGACAGAGCUUCAUUUAUGAUCUUGACACUAUUUUGCCAUUUCCCUGCCCUUUCGACAUUUACAUAGAAGAUGCCCUUAAGUCUGAUGAUGACAUUCAUCUGCAGUUUAGGAGACUCCAAAAUGAACCUGAACGACUUCAUCAGCAUGGACCCUGCAGUAGGAUGGGGAGCUGUCUACACGCUGCCUGAGUUUGUGCAUCGGUUCAGCAGCAAAACCUACUGAGCCUGACGCCAGGCGUGCAGCUAGAGAAGCUCUAGUCUAGGGUCUGAGUAAGCCAUCCUUCCUUUUAAGAGAGAGCAUGGUACAGGUGGCCUAGAGGGAUAUAGUUCUCACUAAAAGUGAGUGGAAACAUUAGUGAACACAGAUGAAAAUGAAUGACUAAGUCCCCCACCCCCUUAUUUUAGGCUGGGCAUCUACCCCAGAGUUCUAUCUCCAACCCUAAAUAGUCAGACCCCAGCCUCAGACAUAGAUAUGCCACAUUCUGUAUAUGGUUGCUAAAAUGUUUCCAUGGCUUGCUUACUUCAGUGUGUGAUGACGUAGGCCAGCAAUUGCUUUUGUAAAACUAGAGGUGUGGACUUGGAGUCAGCUCCUUUUGUCUGCUUCCUCUGCUUCCUGACUGGCUAGACUCUAAACUCCUUGAGCACAGGUUUGUGGCCUGUGGCUCUAAGACUCUGUUGCCCAUUAGAGGUCCUGGUAAAAUGUUUCUAGAGACAGCACUGCUGCUUGGUAAGGGACAGUAUUGUGAGCUGAAUCAGCUAUAAGUAUUAGUCUUUUUGGACUACGAUGUUUAAAAAAGUUGCAGAUAUCUUGUCUGAGUGCUAUUUGACCCACUUAUAUAUGUAGUUUUAAAUAAA